GAAAGUCCUGGAAAAUAACUACAAAACAGAGGAUAAGACGCAACGAAGAUUCUGGAUACUCAAAGACGACUCUUGCAACCAACUCAUAAAUAAAACUAGAACCCAAUCCUCUUCAACUCCACGAUCAAAAACACUUAUAAUUCUGAAUCAAUUCACAGCUCCAAUGGCUGACUUUUUUCCAUUUCGUCGUUUCUUCUUGAGCCCUCCUGUCUUCCGUGAAUGGUCAGGAUCAUCCGCCCUCAUGGAUUGGCUUGAAUCUCCAAAUGCCCACAUCUUCAAAAUCAACGUCCCAGGAUUGAGCAGAGAGAACAUAAAGGUGCAAAUAGAAGAUGGGAACGUAAUGCGGAUAACAGGAGAGGCAAGUAAAGAGGAGCAAAAUGGGAAAGACACGGUUUGGCAUGUAGCUGAAAGAGGAACAGGAAAAGGAGAAUUUUCUCGAGAAAUUGAAUUGCCGGAAAAUGUGAAGUUGGAUCAGAUCAAGGCCCAUGUGGAAAAUGGUGUUCUCACUGUUGUCGUUCCGAAAGAUGCAAGCCCAAAGCCCAAUAAAGUUAGGAAUGUAAACAUUACUAGCAAGCUCUAGGAUUUAAGCUCUUGAAAAUGGCCAUGGGUUAAGAAUAACAACAGUUCUUCGUGUAGUUUGUGUUGUAAUAAAAAAUAAAUCUCACUCAAACUAGUGCACGUAUCUAUAUGAGUAUAAUUAUUAAAUUUUAAUA